GGCCUGGUGUGCUGUGAGUCAUGGGGUUGCAAAGAAUCAGACAGGACUGAGGGACUGAACUGAACUGAACUGAAAGCUGUUUUAGGAAAAAAAAAAAAACUGUUGGGUAAAGGCAUCAGAGUUGAUACUUUAUUACAUUAUCCCAACAUACUUCUAGAAAAACAUUUCAGCCUCGACAAAAUUAAAUGGAGGAAAAAGGGUAACACUUAAUAACAGUAUCAAAAGUAACAACCAUCUAUAGGAAAAAAAUUUUUUUAAUAUAUGUAAGAUCAUAACACAGAAAUCUACACAAAUACCAGGGAGAGAAACUGAAGAAGACCCAACUGUGCCCAUCCACACUGGAAGGGGAGACUCAAACUGCAACAGGUCAAAAGUGGACAGGCAGUUGUGCAUACGUGACAGGCUGCCCCCCGUGGACAAGGAGGAGGCCGGAAGCCCCUGCACACGGAGAGGGGUCUGCUCUGCCUGCAGAGUUCCGUGGGAGCCCAGAUAGGGCCCGGCUACCUGGACCUGACCACAGCAAGCUGGAGCCUGAGAGGGAGGAGGAAGGGAAAGCCACUGCCGAAAUCCACCAGGAAGAAUGAAGCUCAAACGGCAGCUCACUCUUAGGAAGCGAGAGAGAGGGGAGGCCCCGAGACCAUCUCAGAGAAAGGGCAGUGAUGGGUCCCCCAGGUCUUUUAAGAGAAUACCCUGAAGUCCACUGGCGGAACGGGACGUGACACCGCGAGGAGCUUGAUACAUACGUCAGCCUAGAUUAAAAAGCUUUUCUCCCUGCAGUUUUUCCAUUUAAGGAGCAUCUUAUGAGGCCACAUGAAGAUUAGGAACUCUCACCAGAAUGACAAUGAAGAGAAUGGAGAGGCAGAUCAUGGUGCCGAAGACAGGCCUACUGGCCACACACGACAAGGGGCAUCCAGAACACGGUUUAAAACCUGUCGCACUGACAGCACCCAGAUAACUCAGCAAGAGACCGAAACGCACUUUACAGGAGGCGACAACCCUCUGGGCAGUGAACCUCUCUGAAGCGUCGCCUGCCGUCACUGGCGACUGAAGAAGCGCGGGACAGCGACAGCCACUGCCCACCCGCCUUUGGGCUGAGUAGACGGGGUGGGGUGCUAGUGAGGCCCCCCUGGCCCCGGGCGGGGGAUUGUCACCUGCCAGGACGACACACCCUGGGCCCGGCAGGUCCACUCAGGACACACAAACGCGCAGGGCCCCUCAGGGCCGCAGCCCCAAGGCGGGAGACGGGGAGGGGUCUACAACGUGGCGCCAUGUCCAUGAAGACCGGAAACCAGGCUCCUCAGGGGCCCUCGGGGUCCAGUGGGAAGAGGCCAGGGCCGGCCACCCUGGGAGCAGGGGCAGCGUUAGCCCCAGGCUUCUCCCAACUCAGCGGGCUGACUGCCAGCGCUACUGCGGGGCUUGGGCAAGGCUAACCCGGCUGCCGCAGUCCCAGAAAGGGUUCCCCGACACACACGCUCCCCGCGGAUUUACAGGAAGUCCCACCCCAGGCCUGUGGGUGUCCGGGGACAGGCGCCGGCCGCUUGCCGGCUGGGAGCUUUUCGGUGCAGAGGCCCCAGGGCCUGACUCCUGCUGAGUCUGCACUUUCUACUGUGUAAAUGCGUGUUUGCCCUGUAAACUUCUGGGUGUGGACUUUCUCCCUGCAGAUCUAUAAUUUCUCAGAAGAGAAGCUGAGAGAUGACCUGGAAAAAAAUCAAAGCUCGAUAAAGGGAGGAAGACAAAGCCAGUCCUUGAGUCCUGGCAUAAGCUGCGGAGGGGCCACGAGGCAGGGGGUCUCUGGGCCCGGGGACUCCUGCCUCACCCCCAGCCCUCCUCCUCGGCCUCACCGGGAGGCCUCCACAAGCCUAGCCUUACCCACGCAUGGUUCCACCUUUUUCAAGCCCUGAUGACACAGGCCCUCCACCCCAGGGGCAGCAGAGGAAGGGGUAGGCGGGCGCAGCAGCCACAGGCAGGGUCCUGGUGAAGGGGAGGGGCGGCUGGAGGCCAGCUCAGGGACGCAGCUGGGUCUGGAGGAGCCGCACCCUGCCUCCCACGUCUGACCCGGGGCUGACCUCAGGCCAGACACUGGCCCCCCCGCGGCCUGCACAGUGUGGGGUGGCCGUGCCCCACGGGUACCCCAGAGGGCAGGAAGGGCCGCUACUGCGGGGGCUGGUCUCACGGCCCCAGGAUCUGGCCCCCGAGGCCAGGCUACCCCCACUCUCCUCCCUGGAGAACAGGGCCGGGAAAGCAAACAGAGCUGCCAGGACCCGGCCAAGCAUUCCUAGAAGAGGCUGGGGGUGGGGCACGGCCAGACAGCAGCUGACCCUGAGGUCACGGGAGAAGCGGAGGCCGGGCCAGGCCCUGGGAGCUGACCGAGGACCCCACCCAGGAGGGGGUUAAUGGCGCUGGGGCCAGCAGCUGGGCUGGCCGGCGACACGGGUGCUGCCCCGCAGAGGGGAAAUCCAGAGGGCAGGAGCAGCGGCCCAGCAGACGCCCGCUCCCGCUCGGCACGAGGGAUGGCCCCAAGCAGAGGUGAGGCUCCUGCGGUCCUGCCACUCGCGCAGGGGUGGCCAGCCCAUGCCCCCGGCCCACCAUGGUAGGGGCUGCCCCCGGGAGGGCUUCACUCUGGGAGCCCCCGGGGGAAGCGUGGCCACUUGUCUGGGGGGUCCGCCCACCUCCUCUCCCACCCUGGGCCCAGGCAGGGGUGCGGGGGAUGCAGGGCCCCGCACCACCCCAGGGCCCCGCCCAGGCCCCCCCACUCCUCGGAGGCCAGGCCAGUGCCACCCGGUCCCCUUGCGGAGCCUCACCCACCCUAGCUGCCGUGCCCACCCUGAGACCCGGAGCGCUCAGGGCAGGGAGGGGCCCGCUGCGGGGGACAAGCCCAGCGCCCAGUGGAACUUCUGGGGGGCCUUGAGGGGAAGCCUGGCAUCCUUUGUCCAGUGAUAGAACCAGUCUCCAGUGGUCAAAGGCCUGGGGCCCCAUCGGCCCUCGAGGCUGGCACCCUCCUCCUCUCCCUAUGCUGGCUCUGGGCUAAGUCCCUGGUACGUGCCACACACAUACCAGGGAGGGAGGUGCCCCUGACUGGGGGGUCUGACUGGGGCAGCGGGCAUCCAGCUCACUGUCCAGGCCCUCAGGGCAGCAAGCGCUUGCCCACCCAGGCCCGCUCCAGAAGGUUCUGUCGCUCACGCCUUCCAGCCUAGGCUGGCUUGAGUGUCCACCUUGGGGAUGAGACUGACACAUGGCCUAGUGGCCAGGUCCCUGGUCCCCAGUUCCCUCUGGUCCUGCACAGUGGAAAGGGCAGCCGGUCUUGACCCGGAGGACGUCCCAGUCCUGCCCGUUGACGUGGGGCCCGCGUCUCUUGCCCACACCUUCCGCUCUGGUCAGCAGGGCCUUCUCUUAACGGGUGCGUGUCGUGGUCCUGGGGUGCAGCUGAGGCCUGGAAGGUCCCGUGUCUUGCUCCGACCUGAGUCCCCGUCCCGGGCCCCUCCCCAAGCCCCUCUUCCCGCAGGAGGCCCGGCCCUGGUGGUGCUGCUGGUCUCCUGGGCAGCGCUGGGUCCCCACGGCCUGGAGGGAGUGGAGCCCGUGGCGCCAGCAGACCCUGAGGGCCUGCAGUGCCCGGCUGUCUGCUCCUGUGGCCACGACGACUACUCGGACGAGCUCAGCGUCUUCUGCAGCUCCCGGAACCUCACACGGCUGCCCGGGGGCCUCCCCACCGGCACCAGGGCGCUCUGGCUGGACGGGAACAACUUCUCCUCCGUCCCUGCGGCCGCCUUCCGGAACCUCUCAGGCCUGGGCUUCCUCAACCUGCAGGGCAGCGGGCUGGCCAGCCUGGAGCCGCAGGCACUGCUGGGCCUGCGCGGCCUGCGCCACCUGCACCUGGAGCACAACCGCCUGCACGCGCUGGCGGCCCACACCUUCCUGCACACGCCCAGCCUGGCCUCGCUCGGCCUCGGCAACAACCUGCUCAGCCGCCUGGACGAGGGCCUCUUCCGGGGCCUGGCGCACCUCUGGGACCUCAACCUGGGCUGGAACAGCCUGACUGUGCUGCCCGACACUGCGUUCCAGGGCCUGGCCGGCCUGCGGGAGCUGGUGCUGGCGGGUAACAAGCUGGCCUACCUGCAGCCUGCGCUCUUCUGCGGCCUGGGCGAGCUGCGAGAGCUGGAUCUGAGCCGAAACGCCCUGCGCAGCAUCAAGGCCAAUGUCUUCGUCAAGCUGCCCAAGCUCCAGAAACUCUACCUGGACCACAACCUCGUGGCCGCCGUGGCCCCGGGUGCCUUCCUGGGCAUGAAGGCGCUGCGCUGGCUGGACCUGUCGCACAACCGCGUGGGCAGCCUCCUGGAGGACAGCUUCCCGGGGCUGCUGGGGCUGCACGUCCUGCGCCUCUCACACAAUGCGCUCGCUGGCCUGCGGCCCCGCACCUUCAAGGACCUGCACUUCCUGGAGGAGCUGCAACUUGGCCACAACCGUCUGCGGCAGCUGCCCGAGGAGGCCUUCGUGGGCCUGGGCCAGCUGGAGGUGCUGGCCCUCAACAACAACCAGCUGCAGGAGCUCAGGCCCGGCGGCUUCCUGGGCCUGCUCAAUCUCGCUGUGCUCAACCUCUCCAGCAACUGUCUGCGUGACCUCCCGGAGCGGGCCUUCCAGGGCCUGGCCAAGCUGCACAGCCUGCACCUGGAGGGCGGCUGCCUGGCCCGCCUGGGCCCACUUGCCUUCGCGGGCCUGUCGGGGCUGCGCCGGCUCUUCCUCAAGGGCAACAGCAUCGCAGACGUGGACGAGCGCAGCCUGGGGGGCCUGGCUGAGCUGCUCGAGCUGGACCUGACUGCCAACCAGCUCACGCACUUGCCUGGCCGGCUCUUCCAGGACCUCGGCCGCCUAGAGUACCUCCUCCUCGCCCGCAACCGGCUGUCGGCGCUGCCGGCGGACGCCCUGGGGCCCCUGCAGCGCACCUUCUGGCUGGACGUCUCCCACAACCGCCUGGAGGCGCUGCCUGCGGCCGCGCUCGCACCACUCAGCCACCUGCGCUUCCUCAGCCUCCGAAACAACUCGCUGAGGACCUUCGCACCGCAGCCCCCUGGCCUGGAGCGCCUGUGGCUCGAGGGCAACCCCUGGGACUGCGGCUGCGCGCUGGGCGCCCUGCGGGCCUUCGCCCUGCAGCAGCCAGCCUCCGUGCCCCGCUUUGUGCAGGCCCUGGCAGAGGGCAACGACGACCGCCAGCCGCCCGUGCUGGCCUACAACAACAUCACCUGCGCCAGCCCGCCCAGCCUGGCGGGCCUCGACCUGCGCGACGUUGGCGAGGCCCACUUUGCCCACUGCUGACCCAAGGCUGCCCCGGCGUCCUGACGGGCCCUCACGACCCCGGGGGGACACAGUUCGGGACCUGUGAGCCCCAGCCUGCUCCCUGAGAGCCUGUUCAUGAGGGUCAGGGACACGGCCUCCCCAGCUGUCAUCAAUUAAAGCAACCAAAUAAACGGGGCCAUGUGUGAGGGCAGGGCUACAGCUCAGUGCAGGUGGGGUGCUAGCCAGCGCCCCUUUGGCUGCCGUGGCCCCAUGGCCUGCCCUGCG